AUGCGAUUUUUCGCGGGACGGGUGGACGCGAGGCGCGGCGGAGGACUCGAGGGGGCGACGAUCGGCGAGGUGCGGUGCACGGCGAAGGAGAGGGAGGUGUUCGACACGCUGUUGGCGGUGGUGGAACACUUUAAGCUGGACGUGACGCUUCGCGUGGCGGGGGGGUGGGUUCGGGAUAAGCUCGUCGGACGCGAGAGCGACGACAUCGACGUGGCGCUGGAUACGAUGUUGGGGAAAGAGUUCGCGGAGAAGGUGAACGCGUACUUGGAGGCGCAGGGGAUGGAGACGAAGGGGAUCGGAGUGAUUCAGAGCAAUCCUGAGCAGAGUAAGCACUUGGAGACGGCGACGAUGCGCGUGCGAGACGUGUGGUUGGAUUUAGUAAACUUGCGCUCGGAAAACUAUUCCGAGGACAGUAGGAUUCCGGAGAUGCAGUUCGGCACGGCCAAGGACGACGCGUUCAGGCGGGAUUUGACCAUCAACGCCUUGUUUUACAACAUUAACGAGAAAAAAGUGGAGGAUUUCACCGAGCGCGGGAUUGAGGAUUUGAGUCGCGGCGUCGUGCGCACGCCGCUCCCGCCGCGAACGACGUUUUUGGACGAUCCGUUGCGGAUUUUGCGCGCCGUUCGCUUCGCCGCGCGAUUCGGUUUCGAUGUGGACGAAGAGAUCGGGGCGAGCGCGAGUGAUCCGGACGUGCAACACGCAUUGAAGCAUAAAGUGAGUCGAGAGCGUUUUGGAAAGGAAGUCUUGGGGAUGCUCAAAGGACGCUCUCCCGCGGACGCGGUGGCGCUCAUGGCGGCGUUCAAGAUUUCCCCGAUCGUCUUACAGGUUCCCACGCAAAGCGUUGUGGAUGCCGUCACGGACGCGGCGGACCGCUUGUCACAAUACUCCACGAGAUGCGUCGAAGGCGCGCUCGAAGAAAUCGCAUCAACCGACGCUUGGAUGGACGAAGAGAAGCGGGUGUGGUUGUAUCUCGCCUCGUGGUUGUUGCCGUACCGCGAAUUGCAGUCGGACGGAAAGAAAGGAAAGAAGGUUCCCGCGGUGGGCGACAUCAUCAGUAACGCACUCAAGCUCCGCUCGAAAGAUGCGGAAACGACGGUGCACGUGCAUGAAUCGAUGGCUCUCGCAAAAACCUUGUUGACGAACAAAGACUUUACUCGGCUUGAGGGCGGCUUAGCGCUGCGAAAGAUGGGUGAGACGUGGCGUCUUGCCGUGCUCUUAGAAGCUUUAUGCGCCGUCGUGCCCGGCAUGAGCGAUGCCGAGGUCCCGACUUGGGCAGGCGAAUACGCGUUCGAACCGGACGCCGCGCCUGCGGAUGUGCGCGAGCGCGUCGCCGCGGGCGUGAAAGCCGCCGUAAGUAAAUUUGAGGCGGUCGAGCAGCGAGUUGCAUCGCUCGAAUUGAACGAGUGUUGGGAGACUAAGCCACCAGUCACCGGACAAGACGUCAUGGCGGCGUUGAACAUGACGAAAGGAGGUCCAGAGUUGAAAAAGUGGAUCGAUAAAUCCGUGGAGUGGGCGCUAGAAAAUCCAAACAUCACGAAGGAGGAGUGCGUGGAGAAGAUAAAGCAGGGCGGGCAUUAA